UCAGCACAAGCCGGCAGUGAGGAAACAUACGGAAGUUGGUGAAUCUACAGUGUACUUGAUUCAUGAGUCAUUGAAGUGACACAUAUUACCGCACUGAAUCGCAGACUGAGUGCUGAUCGGAAUUCCUAAGUGUUUCAAUCUCUUGCCGCAGAAUGAGUACCACCGCAGACGUAGCAGAUGAGCAAGGACUUGCAGAAGCAUUGGCUGAUCUAAGGUCAGAUGACACAGAGGUCAACCUGGUAGUUCUGGGUCACGUCAACGGCAACCCUAACCUCGUUGAUGUCGUACAUGUGGGGACAAGCCUCUCUGAGGUGGCAGAUGUUCUGGACCCUAAGCAGACUAUGUAUGUGGUGGUCAGACUGACCAGUACCUUUGACAUGUCCACCACUGUUAAGUUUGUGUAUGCACACUGGGUGGGAAACAAAGUCCCUUAUGCAACGCGAGGGAAAUGUGGCGUAGUGCAUGAAAGUGUUCGCAGCCGUCUGGGGGCCUUCCACUUGGAGCUUGAAACCGAUUCUGUAGAAGACCUAACACAGGAGGCCAUCAUGCAGAAGCUUGAAGAAAACUCUGGGACCAAAUCUAAAGUAUUAGAAUCCACUGAGGGCAGACAAGAGAGGGGGUUUACAUCCAGUCAGAUUUUAAGUAAUAAAACCAGUUCAACAGGUCACAAGUCCAUGUCUUCAACUAAAGUCAAUGCAGUGAGUAAAGAGGGCGCUCCUGUGCAGUUUGCCCCAGAGGUGCCAGAUGCUGUUGCUGAUGUUCGAGAUGAUGGCACAGCCACUAACUGGAUGUUGGCUGGCUAUGAACGUGGCGACCCCAAGCAGCAGAUAGUGGUACUAGGCUCUGGCACAGGUGGGCUGGAAGAACUGAAAGCGGGCUUUGAUAAUUCUCUUGCCAUGUACGCCCUGCUUAGAGUCACUGAUGUGGUGGACGAUAUCACCACUGUGAAAUUUGUCUACAUAUUAUGGAUGGGAGACAAGGUGAAGCCCAUGAGUAGAGCCAAGGUGUCCACACACAAGGGAGCCGUAGAGGAGAUGUUCAAACCUGCACAUGUCACAAUCUUUGCCUCAGACCUCAGUGACUUGAAGGGAGUUAUGGAUAAGGUAACUUCUGCCUCAGGAACCAAGGUACACGUGAGAUCCUCCUGAAGCUGCGGCCAUUCAUCCACGAUCACCUGCUUAAGAACAUCAUUCUGUUACCAUAGUGAAAGUUUUGAUUCAUCCUGUUGUUUUAAACCAAGCUGAAGAUGGAAUUUUUAAUUAAAUGCUGUACUGGAGCUUAUUGCAGUUUGCAGCACGGUAACAAGGCCUUAUAGUGGUAAGACUGAAACAGAGUGACCACAGAUUUAAACUUAAGCUUCAGUAUGAGAUCGGAUGAAAAUUCCAUCUUUAUCUCAACAUUCUGAUACAUUCUUCAUUCACCAGUGAACAGCUUGUUAUUAAAAAACAUUAGUCUGCGGACCAGUAUUUUAUAUUUAUGAAUCAUUCCUUCUUUUUCUUUCCAAAAUAUUCCCAGGAAAUAAGGAUUUCCAUGAAUAUUAUUAGUAGUUAGUAACUUCCAUAAAUAUAUGUAUGAAAUAAAUAUUUCCAAAAAUAUUUGUAGGAAAUUAGAAUGUCCAUAAAUGUUUGUAGGAUAUUAGGAUUUAUUAGAUUUAAUUUCUUUGUAUUGGUUAAAGAGCAAAGAAACUAAUUGUGUGGAAAAGCUGAAUUGUAAUAUUUUCUCUUCUUCAUUGGCACUGCACUGGCGGUUUGUGCCCAGCCACUGGUUUCAGCUCAAACCAGAUUUACAAGUUUUAAAGCUAUGCACCUGUAUUUUGUUAAAAAUUGUUAAGAUUAUAUAAGUCUGAUAAGCAUUUGCUUUUUAAAUAUAUAUAGUAUGGUAUAUGAAGUAUAUUCAUUCACUAUAUAAUUUGUUUUUCAUAUUUAACCUGAUGGCUAAGAAUGUGCUUAUUGUGUCUUUUUGAAAAAUUCUGAACAGUGUCUUUCCAGACUUAUUUGUUGCUAAUUGAGACAAAAUGUUCAAAUUAUGUUAUAUGUAUUUAGAUUACAAAUAAGUAAUCAUUUUAUUGUCUUUUAAAUUAGAUAAUUACUCCGAUGUUAACUGCCAAGGUGCCUUUAUUCUUUAAAAUUGACUUUGAAUAAGUGUGACUGAGAUAGCUUUAGCUCAAAAACAUUUUAUUCCUUAAGUAUUAUGUAAAUGAAAUGAUUGAUAAAGUAAAUGUUAUAUGUGCAAUUGUAUUUUUGUUUCUUUUCAAAUUUAGGACGUAUUUUACGGAAGGAAGAAAAUGUGAUUGUCAUUUGAUUCUGAACUAUUUAUUGAAUGGGAAAUUUUAUUUUUAUUCAGCACCACCUGUAUGCAAUGAUAUUAUUAUAGAUCAUGCCAUUUUUGUGCAAAGCAGAAUUUGUCCUAUUGAUCGUACCAAUUUGAACUGCAUAUUGAUGUUAUAUUAUACAAAUAUUUGACUGACAGUAUUUUCAGCAGUAGUAAUAGUUUAAAAAGAUUUUUACUGCAAGUGAAAGAUUAUUUAUUCAACCAUGUUAGACCCCAUUCCCAGAGAUUAGAUCAAGCCAACUAGAUCGACCUAACUCCCUGGGGGU